ACCACAGCCACAUCGCAUUGUGCCACAUUUAAAAAUGAAAACAGACGAAGGAAUGAAGUGAAGGCCCAAGCCAAAAGCCGUUUAAUAACUAAAUCCCACGGAGCCAUCGUUGGUCACGUUCCGAGACGGAUACACAAAAUGCCUCUCCUCUCUCCGCGUAUCCUUCGUGAUAUUUGUAUCGUGUCUGUGUGCGAGUGUUCAGUCCCAGUCAAUGUGAGUGUGUACGCGUCAGUGUGAGUGUGCAUACCUAUAGGGCUCUGGCUGGCACCUAAUGUGGCCAACAUACACACACAUUGGCGAAUAUAAUAACACAAAGCCCUCGUCGUCCUUGUCGCUCGCCUCGCUGUCAUCAUCGUCGUGUGCGUGUCCGCAUCCGCAUCGGCAUCCGCGUCCGCGUCCGCGUCCUUGUGUCCAUGUGUCCGCUUCCGCCGAGCGGAUAUAUUUUCGAAAUCCGCGCUAUUAAGCCACGCACCCAGUAAGCCAAAAGUAAGCCAGACCAAAAUAGACCUAGGCAAAAGGGGCCUCGAACUUUUUGGCAUUGUCGAACGGAUUGAUUGGUGAACUGUGACGUUUCGACGAUUGGUGAAUUGGUGAAUUGUGUGUGGCAUUGUUGAAUGCUGCCUAUUGUGCAACUGUUGAAUGAGCAAUGCGAGCAGAGCCGCCUAAUUAUUGCGCAUUGCGCAAUCGAAUGUCGAAGCAGUAAAAUCAACCUCAGGGAUUGGCCAGCCAUCGAAGCCCCAGGAUUCCGGACUCCGGAGGAGAGGAUGACGUUGGUGUCAUUUGGAAGUCAUUGCGGAGACCCAUUAUUAAACCUUAAACCGUAAACGGAGCAAAUACAACAGCCGGCAGGAGCAGAGGACUAGGACUCCUUCGUCCUGAUCAGAGUAGCAGCAGCAGCAGCAGUCCGCCGAGUGGAGAGCAUAAACCAUGUGGACAACGGACUGCCCGAGAGCGUUGAAAGCGAUUUGCCUGGUGCCGCUGUGGCUGGUCCUGCUCCUCGAUUGCGGCCUGGUCAGCGGCGAGGUGCCGCCGCACUACUGGGAAACCCCAUACUCGCAGCCUUACUUCGACAACUCCUCGAGGCGCGAGGUCACCGCAACCGUGGGUCAGGCGGCCCUUCUGCACUGCCGGGUGCGGAAUCUGGGCGAUCGAGCGGUGUCCUGGAUAAGGAAGCGCGACCUACACAUCCUGACGGUGGGCAUUCUGACCUACACAAACGACCAGCGCUUCCAGUCGCUGCAUUCCGAGGGCUCCGACGAGUGGACGCUGCGCAUCUCAUCGCCGCAGCCCAGGGAUUCGGGAACCUACGAGUGCCAGGUGUCCACCGAGCCGAAGAUCAGCCAGGGAUUCCGCCUCAACGUGGUGGUGUCGCGGGCCAAGAUCCUGGGCAAUGCGGAGCUCUUCAUCAAGAGCGGCAGCGACAUCAAUCUCACCUGCUUGGCGAUGCAGUCGCCGGUGCCGCCAUCGUUCAUCUACUGGUACAAGGGCAAGCGGGUCAUGAAUUACUCGCAGCGCGGUGGCAUCAACGUCAUCACGGAGCGUUCCACGCGGACCAGCAAGCUGCUCAUCGCCAAGGCCACGCCGGCGGACUCGGGCAACUACACGUGCUCGCCGAGCAGCUCAGAUUCCGCCUCGGUGGUGGUGCACGUCAUCAACGGGGAGCAUCCGGCCGCCAUGCAGCACGGCAACAGCAGCGCCAGCAGCCUGCGCCCCCUUCGAGCCACCUCCGUGCCUUUCGUCCUUGCCGCCAGGAUCUCGAUGACGGUGGCGGCCGUCGCCUGGAACUGCAACUUCAACGGCAACGGCUGCAACUACUGGAACUGGAGCCCCGACUGGCGUUGGCACUGGAAACUGAAUUGGUUUUGGGGUAACUUGGCCGCCGGUUUAACUGGUCUCUGGAGCUGGAGCUGAUGCGGCUAAGGGCUAAAGGCUAAGGAUCGAAAUGAAAGAACUCCAAAACGCUGAGCAACAGUCCCGGCCAAGUUGGGACUGAGAACCGCUCCUCCCCAGGUGCAUUUAAUGAGGGCGGAGGAGCGUCUUACGAACUAGUGUACAUAUACAGUGUGUCCUUUAACGAGUAUUAUCUAUAAGACAUCCCCUUGGGCAGGCGGGCAGUAUUACGAAGGAACUUUUAAUCAACCACAGUCAACAGGAAGAGUCCAGGCAAACCAAAAGCACUAUCCAUAGCCAGAAAUUCAGAAAUUCAAGAGCAUACUAAACUAAAGAGCAGCUGUUUUUUGAGCUCACCCAAAAAAGCAGUGUUGUCAUUGUAUCUCAUUUGAAAUUCAUUUGGUUUUAGCCCAGGUUUAUAAUCACCACAGACCGGCCAAAAGUCAGCAAUUAUUGAAAACCUUUUGGUUUACAGUAUCAUUUGGGUUCAUUGAAGCAGAAAUGUCCGAUUGUAUAUACAAUACACAAACAUAAAUAAAUAUUUUAGGACCUCGAUUGUUUAUUUAUUUAUACUAAAAUCAUACACCCUGCACGAGGAGAGGAAAGGAGAAGUGAGCAGUGAAUUGGGGAAGGUUACCCCGGCUAUAUAUAGAUGGUUAUUCAGUGUAUAUGGAUAAGUUUUUAUCUGGUUGUCAGCCGCGAAAUUGUUCUACGUAGUCCAUCAUCUAGUUACUGUGUAAAAUAUUCAUACUUGAUAAUUGUACAUUUAGAGGUCGGUUUUAAGCGGUCUUGAUAAGACUUUUAAGCAGUAAGAGCGAACGGAUCAACGAUCCGGUCUCGGUUCAACCAAGAAUAGUAAAUGAAAUUACAGAAAAUUAUUAAACUAACGAAAACUGGUAAAUCGUAAAUGGUAAAUGGAUAAUGAAGCUAACCUAAGCAGAGUCAAGUAUGUUUUUCUGUUUAAACCAAAUGCAAAAAUAAACAAACAAUGUUUCUCCAUAAUAAAUGAAAAUAU